AUGGGCAAGUCCUUGAACUGGCGUAGGGGCGCGGCGGCUGGCGGAUUGGUGGACCUGCGACGGUGGAUCGAGCCCGCAGAGGACAACAGGGACACCUCGCCAGCGUCGGGUGAAAAGGCCACAAUGUACCUCUUUUUGCCCUGCUCCUUUUCCCCUCUUGCUUCCGUACCUCCCGUUCUCACGAUCUUCCCCUCCCUCUAUCUGUUUUCGCUCACAGGAGACAACCAUGGGCGCUGUGUUCGCAAGCAGCAGCUGCCGUCGUCUUCCCCCGCCUCGCCUGUGACCUCCUCUGCAUCGGUUCCGGCCCCGACGACUGAUCCCCUUGCCUCCUCGUUGCCCGAUCCUUCCCCUCGUCCAGGAGGUAGGAGCCCGAGCUCCUCGAUCCCUACUCGCCGGCCAAGUCCUCGCAAGCCACCACCCUCGCCGGCGAACCCCAGGUCGUCGUCGUCGGUGGAGAUCCGCGCCUCCCUGCCGUCUCGCCUCGCCAUCGACCGGAUCUGGCGCCCCGAGGCCGGAUCCGCCGCCCAGCAACCCGUUCCAGUCCUCGCGAGCGCCAUCGGAACCUCCCUCGCCGGAGCUUUGCUACGCCGUCGCCAUGGUCCUCUGCUCGUGCAGGCGCGAGACGAGGACGACGUCCAGGCCGCCCCCUCGCCCUGGUGGGCCUCGCUCAGCCUCAGGCCUAGCCCAACUUCUGUUGCGGCCUCCUCACCGACUGGGCUUGGCCCAAUCUUGCAGGUGCCGAUGAGUCCGUGCAGAUGACGCAACCAAGCUCAGGAGGGGCUCGAUG